CUGAAAAUCCAAUGUGAUUGAUUCCUUGGUCCCGUUUUUCCUGACGCCCAUCAAAUCAAUCACUUCGUUCCUGUCUUAAGAAUAGAAUCGGAGUUAAUUUGCGUAGCGGAUUGCGGUUUUGGAAGAAGAUUGCAGUUUGCUGAAGUCGGAGAUCUUCAGUGGUUUUGCAUUUUGAAUCGCGGUAGAGAUAAGUCCUUUACAGAAUGGCUGAUAACGAUGCACCGACUGAAAACACCUACGAUGACAAGAGCGUACCUUCAGAAAACGAGAAUGAAAUGUCAAUUGAUGCACUAGCUAGGAAGGUCCAAGAGUCAUUUUCCCUUUCGAAAAGGCACAAGUUUUGGGAAACCCAACCUGUUGGGCAGUUCAAGGAUCUUGGAGAUUCGAGUCUGCCCGAGGGCCCGAUUGAACCACCAACGCUGGUGUCUGAAGUCAAACAAGAUCCUUAUAAUCUUCCGGCUCCCUAUGAGUGGAUUACUUGCGAUUUAGAUUCUGAGGAAGUAUGCAGCGAAGUGUACACUUUGCUGACCCAUAAUUAUGUGGAGGAUGACGAGAACAUGUUUAGAUUCAAUUACUCGAAGGAGUUUCUUAGCUGGGCUCUUCGGCCACCUGGCUAUUUCCGGAGCUGGCAUAUUGGGGUGAGGGUGAAGGCAUCAAAGAAAUUGGUUGCAUUUAUUACGGGCAUUCCUGCAAGAAUCCGAGCCCGUGACACUGUUGUCUUGAUGGCGGAGGUGAACUUUCUGUGUGUUCAUAAGAAGCUUCGAUCGAAAAGGCUUGCUCCAGUAAUGAUCAAAGAGGUUACUCGACGGGUUCAUUUGGAGAAUAUCUGGCAGGCGGCAUAUACAGCUGGCGUCGUUCUUCCUACACCGAUAACGACUUGUCAAUAUUGGCACAGAUCAUUGAACCCUAAGAAGCUAAUUGAUGUUGGGUUCUCCAGGCUAGGUGCGAGGAUGACAAUGAGUCGAACAAUAAAGCUGUAUAAGUUACCAGACAAGACAGCGACCCCCGGGUUCAGAAAGAUGGAGCCUCAUGAUGUUCCUGCGGUUACUCGGCUGCUGAGGAAUUACCUGAAGCAAUUUGUCGUUGCACCGGACUUUGACGAGAACGACGUAGAGCACUGGCUGCUUCCGAAGGAAAAUGUCGUGGAUAGCUAUUUGGUCGAAAGUCCUGAAACUCAUGAGAUCACCGAUUUCUGCAGUUUCUACACACUUCCGUCUUCAAUACUUGGUAACCAAAACCACUCUAUUUUGAAGGCUGCUUAUUCUUAUUACAAUGUUUCCACGAGGACUCCGUUACUCCAAUUGAUGAACGACGCCUUGAUCGUCGCCAAGAAGAAGGAUUUUGAUGUCUUCAAUGCGCUGGAUGUUAUGCACAACGAAACCUUCUUGAAGGAGCUGAAAUUCGGCCCGGGAGAUGGGAAGCUUCAUUACUAUCUUUACAAUUAUCGACUGAAGCAAGUUUUAAGACCAUCGGAGCUUGGACUUGUGCUCUUGUAGAAAGCAGCUUGGAAUCGACAAUGCCAACGCAGUUCAGGCAAGGAAUUUUGUUCAAGCAAAGUUUACUGCGUUUGUAGCUGGAAAAAUCUACUCUUUUAUGAAUUCUUGCAUCCGUCGUCAUUAAAAUAUUCGCGCUUUGUUUCGAACCAGACAGCGACUCAUUGACAUUUGUGGCUGAACAUUUGUGUACCAGAUUUUUUGAGCAAUUUUUAUCGUAGUUUGUCUGUCUUUUGAA